AGGCACCAAAUAAAUGAAUAAAUAAAUAAAUAAAUCCCCUCUGACUGUGAGUGUGUGCGCGCAAGAGAAAAGGGACGAGACUUCGCCUGCACCUCAAUCUGCUCUGCAUCUUUCCACCGGACCCGCAGUGGAUACAGCCGACUGUGCGGGACUACAUGUACGAACACAAGAUGUAAAGGAGGUGUUUUUUUUUUUUAAGUACAGAGUGUGUUUCAGAGGUCCGCUUGUUUUAAAGGAGCACAGCACAAAGCGAAAAAUCACUGCCUGGCUUUUUUUUCUCCCUUCUCCUCUUCCUCUUUGCGCUCUUCCCUCACUGGUAAGUGGGAUGCAGGAUACGCAGCAUCACCGGCAUCGUUAGAAUAAGCCUAAUAGAUAGACCUUCCAGUUCAGCAGGCCUAUCAGAUUUCAAGGCAACGUUAAGUGAAGACUAAACAGUAGGGGGAAUAAAAAAAACUCUCCGCCGGUGUCAUAAAAGGACUGCUUUUGUUCUGGGGGGAUAAAGUGAGGAGGGAUAUUUUUUUUCCAACUAUUUGGGAUGUGGAUUGUUUUUUAUUCACCGGGUGCGCUAAUGCCCCAUGAAACAGGGAAUGAUUUGGUCCUCUAAAGAUCAGCUUUAACUGGACUGCUGUUGAUCUUAUCGGUAAGGCAUUUUUAUCUGCCCAUCUCUAUCUGCCCGGUGAGUCUCGGUGGCGGAGGGGAGGCGCGGAACAAGCUCCAGAGAACUACAGGAGGGGAGAAUUGAGUUACAUUGCAAUUACGCUUUUCUUGCAAAACGACGUGUUUCUGCGGACACACACACACACACACACACACACACACACACACACACACACACACACACACACACACACACACACAAACCUGAGCCAAACUAACUGAGAAUUUAUUUUAAAACCUGGACCUGAAGAGGGAGCACACACACAGCCUAAGCAGAUUGUCUGUACGCAACUGCCCAAACUGUGUGUGCGCGUGUGUAUAUACACACACUUGUGUGAGAGCUGGGAGCACAUACUAUAUGUGUAUGUGAAAUGAGGAGAAGCUAAGUGGCCUCCACAACCACCCAGAUCAGACGGCCUCCUGUGCUGCAAGAUGGAUUAGAGCCCCACACCUCAGGAGAUCAAAGGUGGCUGUGACAGGGGCACCCCCGGGGCAGGACCCAUGAGGAGUCAUAGAAGAUGCUCACAGCCUGGGCGCUUCUGCUCUUCUUAGCCAUGUGGGUGAGAAGCACCUCUGGUGGCCCGCUCUCCUUCAGAAUAGCUGCCAUCCUUGAUGACCCUAUGGAGUGCAGCAGAGGGGAGCGUUUGGCCAUCACGCUGGCCAAAGACAGCAUCAACAGGAGCAGCAACCGCUCAACCACUGGCAAGCUGGAGGUGGACAUCUUUGAACUGCUAAGAGACAGCGAAUAUGAGAUGGGAGAAACAAUGUGCCAGAUCAUGUCUAAAGGGGUGGUGGCAGUCCUCGGCCCCUCUGCCAGCCCAGCCUCCAACUCCAUCAUCAGCAAUAUCUGUGGAGAGAAGGAGGUGCCCUAUGUCAAGGUGGCCCCAGAGGAUAUUCUGAAGGUUCAGUUCCCUCGGUUCACCACUCUGGACCUGAGGCCAACCAACACAGACAUCAGCCUGGCUGUGGCCGGCCUUCUCACCUUCUUUAACAGCACCACCGCCUGCCUCAUCUGUGCACAGGCUGACUGCUUAUUGAACCUGGAGCAGCUCCUCCGGCAGUUCCUCAUCUCCAAGGAGACUCUGUCAGUGCGCAUGCUUGAUGACAGCCAGGACCCGACCCCGCUCUUGAAAGAGAUACGAGAUGACAAGACUGCCACUAUUAUAGUGGAUGCCAACGCCACCAUGUCACAUAUCAUUUUGGAACGGGCAUCAGAGCUGGGAAUGCUGUCAGUCUACUACACUUACAUCUUCACCUCUCUGGAAUUCUCUUUACUCCGACUGGACGAUGUGGUGGACCAACGAGUGAACAUCGUCGGUUUUUCAGUCUUCAACAAAACUCAUCCUUUCUUCCAGGAUUUUGUGCUCAGUCUCAACCGCUCCUGGCAAGAGAACUGUGAUCACGCACCCUUCGCUGGCACUCCACUCUCCUCAGCUCUGCUCUUUGAUGCGGUAUACGCGGUGGUGGCGGCGGUCCAGGAGUUGAACCGUAGCCAGAAUGUUGGCGCCACUCAGCUUUCCUGCAAGUCCUCCAAGAUCUGGGAGCAUGGCACCAGCCUCAUGAAUUACCUGAGAAUGGUAGAAUUGGAAGGUCUAACAGGCCACAUUGAAUUCAACAGCAAAGGCCAGCGAUCUAACUACGCCCUGAGGAUCAUGCAGAACAGCAAGGAUGGCCUAAGGCAGAUUGGCCUGUGGCAUUCAGAAGAUGGACUGUCCAUGGAGAGAAAGCUUCCAUCAAUCAAUGUGACAGACACCCUCUUCAACACUACUCUUACCAUCACGACAAUAUUAGAGAAUCCGUAUGUGAUGCUGCGGCCGAACCACCAGGAACUGGAGGGAAAUGACCGCUACGAAGGCUUCUGCGUGGACAUGCUGAAGGAGCUGGCAGAUAUUCUCAAGUUCAAGUAUCGCAUCCGGCUGGUCGGAGACGGGCUGUACGGAGUUCCUGGAGCCAAUGGAACGUGGACCGGCAUGGUUGGAGAGCUCAUCUCAAGGAAAGCUGAUCUGGCAGUUGCAGGCCUCACCAUCACAGCGGAGCGUGAAAAGGUCAUUGACUUCUCCAAGCCCUUCAUGACCCUCGGCAUCAGCAUCAUGUACCGCGUCCACCUGGGACGUAGGCCAGGCUACUUCUCCUUCCUGGAUCCCUUCUCCCCCGGAGUCUGGCUCUUCAUGCUUCUGGCCUAUUUGGCUGUCAGCUGCGUCCUCUUUCUAGUGGCCAGAUUGACACCGUAUGAGUGGUACAACCCCCAUCCCUGUCUAAAGGGUCGUUGUAACCUGCUGAUCAACCAGUACUCGCUUGGCAACAGUUUCUGGUUCCCUGUCGGAGGCUUCAUGCAGCAAGGAUCCACCAUUGCUCCCAGAGCUCUGUCAACACGUUGUGUCAGCGGAGUGUGGUGGGCCUUCACAUUAAUCAUCAUCUCAUCCUACACCGCCAACCUGGCUGCCUUCCUAACGGUCCAGAGGAUGGAAGUGCCGAUAGAGUCCGUUGACGACCUGGCAGAUCAGACGGCAAUAGAGUACGGCACCAUGCAUGGAGGAUCUACAAUGACCUUCUUCCAGAACUCUCGCUACCAGACCUACCAGCGUAUGUGGAACUUCAUGCACUCCAAGCAACCCAGUGUGUUCGUGAAGAGCACGGAGGAGGGCAUCGCCCGCGUCCUCAACUCCAACUAUGCCUACUUGCUGGAGAGCACCAUGAACGAGUACUACCGCCAGAGGAACUGCAACCUGACUCAGAUCGGAGGUCUGCUGGACACCAAGGGCUACGGCAUCGGCAUGCCAGUGGGGUCAGUGUACCGUGAUGAGUUUGACCUGGCCAUCCUCAAGAUGCAGGAGGACAAUCGUUUGGAGAUCCUCAAGAGGAAGUGGUGGGAUGGUGGCAAGUGUCCAAAGGAGGAGGACCACCGUGCCAAAGGUCUGGGCAUGGAGAACAUCGGCGGUAUCUUUGUGGUGCUGGUGUGUGGCCUGCUGGUGGCUAUCUUCAUGGCAGUGCUGGAGUUUGUCUGGAUGUUAAGGCAGACACCAGGAAAUGAGCAGUCAGUGUGUGAGGAGAUGCUGCGGGAGCUCCAGGGGAUCGUCCUGUGCCGCGACAGCCUGCAGGUGAGGCGCCGGCGGGCGGCUUCAGUGAUGCGGCCGCGGCCUUUACCCCUGGAGGAGCGGCGGGCACGAGCCGCCGCCGUCAGCCUCAGCAACGGCAAACUGUGCGGGGGCACCGGACUGCCUGAACCCCUCUCCCACAGACUUGCACAGGAAGCUUCCCUGGUUGCGAGGGGAUGCAGCCACAUCCGCAUUUGCCCCGAGUGCCGGCGCUUCCAGGGACUGAGGAUGCGUCCUGCAGGGGCCACCGGGGCCCUCCCUUCUCCCACGCACAGUGAAGAGAGCAUAGAGUGGGACAAGACCACAAAUAGCAGUGAACCUGAAUAACGCCCAGCGAUUCCAACAGGACUGACUUUCCCAGCAGCCACCUCUCUACUUUCCAGGGAUCAGAGAUCACAUGUUUUUUUGAUUCAGCCAUUCGGAGCUUGAUCUUAAAGGGUAGGACAAUGCUGUGAACUUUGUUUUGCCCUAGAGGAAACAGCCAGUAGUCAGUUUUGGAAUCUCCUUGGGUGAAUUUUUUCCUUGGUCAUAGGAGAAACUGAUGAGUCUGUCUCGUUGUGGUCUGUCCCUGUUGGCCCUUUGUACCGUGUAAAACAGGACGGACAAAAACAGCUACGGGGCAUUUGUACUAUGCAGUAUUUUCAGUCAUUUAUCAUUGUGCUGUUUCUUUCUUUUCCUUUUUAAAUUAUUUCUGUCAUCUGUUGGAUUAUCAGUACUGAAUAUUGUUAUUCUAUUGUUCUUAAGAAAAAACUUUAAACAAGUUCCUUUUUUUAUCUGACAAUUUACUGUAUGAACGUAUAUUGCCUCUGAAGAGCUGCAAAGAUGAACAGACUAAUGCAAGGUCAUCCUUCAAAUCCUUUUAUUUUGAAAGUGCCAAAAACCAUAAGUAUUAUCUUGUGGCUGAAGAAAGCACCACAGCCUUGAGAAGACAACAAACUCAACUGAACCUAGAAAAAAGACAAACAAACAGAGACGUACAGACACAUGGACUUAUUUUAUAGUAGUGAUAUUCUAUUAAAAAAUGUUUUAACUGUUGGUAUCUCUGAAAGACAGCGAUGCAUGUCCAGAGGUGUUGGCAGGUGCUCAUUGAAUGAUUAAUUACUGAAGUGGUGGCUGAGUAGCUGAAAGGUUAAUUUCCUGUUUUGAAUACCUGCUUAUAAACACGAUCGCUACACACACACACAGACACACAUACACAAAGACAUCCAUUUAUUUCCUUUCUCCUCUGUGUUUCUUUCUCCUCCAGAUGUCCUUCAUCUUUGACGCCAUUUAUUGUCUCAUUACCUGUCCUCUGUAUGAUCUCUCACUUAAAAAUCUACACACAAUCUCGCACCGUAUUUCACUUAGAGAUUAGGGCUUUCCCUCCAUUCUCACAUAUUCAAGACUGAUUCAGGUUUUAUGAGGUUGAGCCAGUGAAACCGAAUGAAACCCAGCAUAUACCAGAACCAACCAAAAGCCCCCAGUAAAGUAAAACAGUUUUUAUAUCAGCAGUUGACUUGAGUUCUUUUAAAUGUCAAGUCAGUUAAAAUUUUAUUGAAUGUGAUGUUUAACACUCUGCUUUCGAGGGUUGUUUCAGCUCAGAUGAUCCUUGACAUUUUCAUACUUUUAUUUUUGCGAAGAAAUAAAAAAGACUAAAACCAAAAUUACAAUAUAGUAAUCAGGUCUUUAAGAGAAGAAUUAAUGCAAACUGUUAAAGAAACAUAACUCAAACAUGAUUCAACUGUUGGUGAAAUCGACUGAUUGAUCCGUGACUCUAAUUAUAACCUCCAGAAGUGAAACAAUGAGAACAAACCACCAGCAACAGUAUUUUCCCACUGAUACGACUGGUUUGAAGGUGUUACUGUACGAUAGCCUGACUGUUGCACAGUGGGAAUCAGCGGUCAUCCGCCUGUCUACACUGCUACUGUAUUAUCUCUGAUGUGUCCGUCAUUUUAAAAUCUGCCCAUCAGGUUCUGUCAAUCACCAUCCCUCAAAACUAGGCCGCCGACUCGACACAGCUCGAAGGUACUGCUGCAGCAUCUCUCUUGUACUUUUAUUAGCCACGUUUCGAGAUCUGUCUUCAUCACUCCUCACCCGCAGGUUGUCAUGCUUAGAAAAUGUCUGUAUGUGUUCUUUUAAAAGAAGAAUCCUGGAAAAGGAGUUAAAGUUAAAUUGAGGUGUCCAAUCUAUUCAUCAUUCAUCCUUUUUUCUCCCCUUCCCAUUUCAUUCCUGACAUGUCAAAAUCCCGGUGUAUCCCAGAGUACCUCCACACAAAUCAAAACCUCCAUUCCGAUCCAAAACCCUCCCACCCACAGCAGCGUCUCUCCUUGACACAUAAGGAAGCCAACCUACAGCUUGCCAAGUUCACAAAAGAAAGAACAAUCAAAAAGAAAUCCAUGAUAUAGCCAUAAAUAACUAUCACAAGAGUACAACCCCUCGAAAGACAAUAAGUUAAGCCUGGAACAAAACAGUUCAGCAUCCCCUCCACAUUCGGAUGAAUCUCCGACCACCACAGAACUGAAAAGUUUCCAAAUAUGAAAGAAAAGAUUUUGAAAGUCAACCCACAGUUUGUCUCUAGAGUUCCUCUAAUGGUACAAACUGUGAGAACUGAUGAAGGAAUAAUAACCUAUUGGGAGGAGCAUUUUCCUUCUAUGAGUACAAAGUAAUUAAUCAGAAUUAGUCUCUUGCAUUUUCGUUUAAAUGUGUUUACGUUAAUGUAGAAUCAUGAUCACAUAUGUCACACUGCCACCUCAUUUGUUUUACCAUUUCAGCUGGACAGUAACAUCAGAGUUCACCCAAACUGCCUCUGUAUUUGUUAAGCAUUUAUUUUUAUUUAUUGCAUGAAUAGCCAUGAUUAGUGUGCUGUUUCACAAGCUGAUGAACAUGUGGAUCAACCGCUGACAGACCUGGAGUGAACUGCAGUACUAGCACAAUUGUACUAGUUUCUUUUAAAACAAAUUGAUGGUUCUGAACAUUUGUGUGACUGGAAUCACAAAUGAGUGCAAUUUCUAUUUAGGGAGGCUUUUUUUUCUUUCUGCUCAAAAAGUUUUCAGACUUCAGAUGGCAUUUCAACUCAGGUCUGCAGUCUGAACUCCCACAAGAACACGCCGGUGUUUGAGACAGCACUGAAUCUGCUUGAUUCUGCAGCACAUAGAAAUGAAUGGGAAUCGCAGAGGCUUUAUGUUAUCAUCUGCUGAAGCGUCAGUAGUGCCAACGCACUUAAUCCUCAAGUAAUGAACCAUUAUUGUCCCACAGACGGUGUGUGAAUAUAGUAUGAUCAACAGGGUUCCCCAGUAAUGGUCCAAAGUGUUGUUACAGUCAUUUGAGGUUGACUAUGUUAAUAGAACAGAGAGAUACAGACCUACAUGUGUAUAUAGUUUAUAUGGACACACUAUGCCCUUUAGACACAUACUAUGAACACAUAAAAACUCCACACACAGUUCAUGUUAUCUUUCUAUAUUUCUUUAUAUAAUAACUUGUUAAAAGCAAAUUGCCAAGCAAAUAGCAAAAAAAAAGAGAGACCCAUUUCAUUACCAGUUUUAUAAAAGAAGUUUCUAUCCAUUUGCCGAACGUCACUAAGAAACUCAUGAGAGUAAGAAGGCUCUCGCUGCACCCGAUGCUAACUUCUUAAACACUAAAAACAUUUACAAGGGUGCUAAAUCAAGCGUAGUUGGAAUGAGAUUGCCAAUUACCUUGAAGGCACGAGGAGCAGUAGAGUAAGAAUUAAAACAAAUCCCACUGAAACACUGGGCGACCUUCGCUGGGACACCACUGAGAGAGAUGGCAGGGUUUUGGCUGCUAUAUUUUAUAUGCUUUAUUUUCUUAUGUUAUUUUUAUUCCAUUAUAAAUACAUUUCUUAAAACAAUCUCCGUUCUGUGGGGGUUCUGGUUUUGUCUCUUCUUUACUCUGAUGUAUUUGACCUUCUGAUCUGUUUAGAUCUGUCAUGCUAAAUGGCGUCUGAGUGCACUUUUUGUUUUUCAAGUUUUAUUUACUCAACUGGGAGAAAUAUUCCCACCGUGCACCUGUUUUGUUGUGACAUAUACGCAUGCAGAGAGGCGGUAGGAGGAUGUAUGGGUUUCUAGCUGAGUAAACAUGGCGACUGUUGAGUCAACCAGAGCUGAUGCAUCUACCUCUCGUUUCUCUCCCAUAACUGAAUUAACGUCUGCAAACUCGGGAAUAAGUCGAACAGCUGAGAAUUUAUGUGGGUGGGUGGGAAGUCUUAACGGAGGCUAAUGAGUUUAACAACUCUCUCAUGUGCUAUAUACGCAUCCACUCACCCGUAGUCCAUCUAUCACUGUGAUUUCCGGUGGAUAUGUCUCUCCUCAGGAUAGUGAGUGAAAGCCACACAACACCCUGCAUCUGAUUUACGGUUUAAUUCAGAUUGCCUCUCCGAGUGCCUCUCUCACAAUCUUUCCACUGCAGCAUACGAGAUGACAAGUUCUGUCAGUACAUCACCAACCAGCAUGUCACACACACACACACACACACACACACACACACACACACACACACACACACACAUGCGUAUGACUCGUGGUAUGAAAACUCACUGCCACCUGUAUGUCACUGCUGUGUCAAGUUUCAUUCAUCGUGCUUCUCCUUCUGUCUCUGGAGCUCCAGGUCCAUAAAUUCAGUGCACCACCACCACCACCACUGCCUAGCUGCUGUUGGAUUUAUGGAGCACAUGAUGAGCAAUGAGUGCCUGCAGAGGUGUGUCAAUCUACUUCACUCCUCAUGCUUUACCCAGAUGUAGCACAUAGCAAUACCAAUUUCCCCCGUAGUUGAUGUUAUUCUGUAAGAAUUUAGGAGUUACAGUGUUGUGAGUCUGAUGCAUUUCACCACACUAACCGCUCGCGUCCCUCUCCCUUGAAGGGUGGUUUUUUCUCAUCAGCCCAUUCCAUGUACAUAAAUGCUUGUUUUGGCAUUUCACCCACAUGAAAUUCAUAUUUUCUUAGCUUCAAAGCUCUCCGUCUGGUUGUAGGAAACCUGGUAUAUUUACUGUUUAGAAUAUUGUACAUCUGCAUUCAGCAUUGUAUUAUUGCUUUCUUCUAGCAAUUGUCAAAUCUAUUCAUCCCAUUUCUUCAAUUGCAUCCCUUUGUCAAACAAUUGCUUUCUCUUCUCUGACAGCAGAUUUCCCAAGGUUAACAGCCGCAUGUAUACAUCCACUCCAUAACAGCCACUAAUGAGAUCUGGAUCUAAGGAUACCAAUUGAAAGACAUAACUAUCAGUGGAAACUAUCUGAUUCACAGUGAGACUGGUGCACAUUUUUAAGUGAGAGCUUUCCUAUUGAUUUGCUGGUAAUUAAUUACAAAAAAAGGCUUGUUGUUGUUGUUGUUGUUGUUGUGUGCUCAAAGAAAAGGUAUUCAGAGUGCAAGAAUUCUCUCCAAGGUGAGAUGCUGUCAAGGCUGUUAUACAGCCUUUUGUUCCCUGACAGUUGUUGUUGAACAUAUUGACCAAAACAUCUUGGCAUUGUUUGUCUUUCAGAGAAAUAAAAUGGAGCUUCAUUUA